CCGUCGGGCCGGAGGAGGCGGCGGGCGAGGGAGGCGGCCUUCUCCCCGCCGCCAUGGACGGCUGCGGCUUCGGCAUGGCGGGCACGGCGGCCUCGCUGAGGAAACCGCCCCGCCAGGAGGACCUCGAUAAGAUUGAUAUGUCGCUGGAUGAUAUCAUUAAAUUGAAUAAGAAGGAAGGAAGAAAACAGAAUUACCCCCAAUUAAAAAGAAAGUUUCUGCAGAAUGGUGCGCGCCAACUCAAAAUGAGAGGAACCAGAUGGGGAAUCCAACAGCAGACUGGUUUCGUUCAGAACAGUCGAAUGAUGCCAGGGAAAAGGCGUCCCUAUGGCGUUAUCACCGGGUUGGCAGCUAAGAAAGCGUCUGGGGUUCGCAAAGGAAUCAGUCCUUUGAAUCGACCACCGUUAAGUGAGAAGAACACUCAAAAACAGUUUCCAGUGCUAAAAAGGAAGACAAAUCUUCAGAGGCAAAAUGAAGUACAAAGCCAUCCAGUUUCCAUCCUCAGGACACGUAAUCAGUUAAACAGAAGAAAUAGUGUUACAGGCAGCUUUACCAGAAGUGGAUAUAAAUUAAGUCAGCAAAAGGAUAUACGUCAAGCAACUUUUCUCUUCAGAAGGGGCCUGAAGGUGCAGGCCCAGGUGCAUCCAGAACAACUUGCAGAUAGGCCAGCGGCAAAGAGAACUCGUCAGUGGCGGACUUCCACCACGAAUGGAGGAAUUUUGACUGUAUCUAUUGACAACCCUGGAGCCGUUCAGCCCCCAGUAACUCAGAGACCACGAUUAACUCGAACUCCCAUGCCCCCAUUCCUGAUGAAGAGGAAUCAGCCUGAAGAGAAGAAAAUUCCCAAAGGAGUUCCCUUACAAUUUGACAUUAACAGUGUCGGAAAACAAACAGGCAUAACUCUGAAUGAGCGUUUUGGGAUCCUGAAAGAACAAAGAGCCGCUGUCACCCAGAACAAAGGAAGCCGUUUUGUAACCGUGGGAUAGAUUCGGUGUCAGAGGGACUUUUGCACAACUACUCUACCUAUUGGAGAAGUCAAGGUGACAGAAGAAAGAAUCUCACAGAAAUUUUAUAGAGUUUAAAUAACUCUUAUUGCUUUUACUUCCAAAUAAUUGAAAAAAAAAACCAGUACAAUGUGAUGCCCUGGGAAAAUGACAGGAAAAUACUGAUAUGUUCUUAAAGAUCUCAUUUUGGGUCCUAAUGGAGAGAUUCUGUAUUGGCCCACUUGACUGACAAAGACAGCAUCCUUCUUUGGUUCCUUAUACUACAGAAGUGCAGCAGGCAGAUGGAAGAUAAUUAUUUUGAUGAUAAUGGUAUUUGGUAUUUCUUCUCUCUACACAUAUUGAUCGUGAAGACUGAGCUCUUUCAAACCUCUAUUUUCAGGGGUGUAAGAAAAUCUCUUCCCCGUUCUCUUUUGGCCACAACAUUUGACUUGGAACGAACACUUGCAUACUGUAAAGAGGUUGCCCAUUUGGAAAUGGAGGUAUAAAAAACCCCAACCCAUUAGAAGUUUGGAAUUUUAAUGGGCUCUUAUUUCCAUGUACCUGAAAAACCACCUCAUGAUUUUUCCCCCCCCUUCAACUGGAGAUUUUCAGCCCUAACCCACAGAAGAUGAAAGAGAUUUAAAGACUUAAACUCCCUAUUCCCACAAUAGCUACUUGUUACAGGAAAGCUGUAAAUUCCAGACGUAUAGUGCUGGCCUUACCAAUAAAUUAGCUCCGUCGAUUACCCUCCAUUUAAAAUGUGUCCGUUCAAACUGUAAAUGCAUGUUUACCCUGAAACUGGUGGGGGUCGGGGGCACGACGGGAUUUGAAGGAGACUUUCCACUGGAUGACUCUCACGUCUAGUGUGUUUUAUGGGAUAAAAGGGACCGAGAGGAAAAAGUAAUAGAGGGACUGGCUGGCAGGAUAAAGAGAGGGAAAAUGGACCUGGAAACUCUUUCCUCUGUCUUCACUCCUACCCUCAGCCACAGUCUGAUUUUAAUAUUUCAUAGACUGGCGGGACCCAAAGAGAACACCAUCAAAUAUUUAUUUUACGUAAGCUUGUGCCUAGCACCCACAGACGUAUAUAUAAGUGGUUUUUAAAAAUGUCAGCAUAAGCAUGGACGUUGGCUAUCUUAGCUGCAGCGUGAACAGCUGUAAAGGUCUGAACCCUCCUUUAAAGUGGGAUAUUUCAAAAGCAUUAAAACCCAAUGGGCGGGGGGAUGGGGAAUACCAAGUUCUUUUAAAAAAAUGCUGUUUUGUAAUCUUAAAGCUGUCACAGAGGAAAUGUGCUGAUGGGGGUGUAGUGUAACUUUGUUUUACAUAUUAAAUACUGAUAAUCGUAGUAGGGAUAUACAGGCACAUACAGAAAGAGAUGGCUUUCUCUUGGCUUUUUCCUUUUUGGUUUGGUACACAAGGUGGUGCUGACUGAAAGUCCCGUAAAAUGGUAUGAUGUCAACAUGCGACAAGCAGCAACAGAUUUUCAGUUUUUUCACCGGAUUUUCCCAGUUCUCUGUUGAAAUGUAAUCAUCAGUAUAAGUGAGAGAAAUGGUGGCAACAGAUCAUAUUUUGGAUGUCUGUGAUUUUUCUGUAAAAGCAGUGAAUAUUUCUUCCAUCCAUCUUGUUCAUUGGAUGCGGUUUUCCUUUAAAGUUCACCUUCAGGGUUCUUCCUGGUCUUUGGCGGUGGCCACAGAAAGAUGUGACAUCUCUUUGCGUUUACCAAAGAUAAAAAUGGGCCCUACAUUGAUAUCCAGUAGUAUCAGUGAAUUGCAAUUUUUAAGGAAGCAGCUAUGGAUUUUGGAAGUAGGAUGAAAUCUCUUAGGCAUUUAUGUCUCUGGAGCCCUAGGGAUCCAUUUCAGAGCAUUUUUGCAGGCCCAAAUGCUUAUUUUUGAUCUGGGGAUUGAGCAUUCCAUAAUAAAUUAUUUCACAUCAAUAGGGUGUUUGAGGAUGACUGUUACUACUAAAAAAAAAAAUUGCCAAUUUACUGUAUCCAUAACAGCCUGUGGUAUAAAAGUAUAAAGAAAAACAAGGUAUUUUAUUUUCCUUUUGUGUUUUUUAAUGUGAUUUUUAUAAAACUGUUUCACAUGACAUUUUACUCAGAUCACAUAUAAAUUGUAUAAAUUAUGUACAUUUGGCAGCAGAAUGGCUUUGGUUCAUUAAGAAGUUGCUAUCAAUACAUCCGUUUUGAUAAUCAAUAUUAAAAGUUUCUUUUUAAA